AUGAAGUCACAUUCAGUUAACUCCAAAGCCGUCUCUAUUCUUGGGAUCGGACAGAUGGGUUCAGCCCCAGCCCAUGCCUUUCUCAAGGCCGGGUACCGAACACCAUCUGGAACCGUACCCAAGACAAAGCCAAGGAUCUCUGCUGCGCGGGAGUUGUUGAAGCAGCCUCGGCGGUGGAUUGCGGUCGGCACACCGAUACUGGCAUCUGAUCUCCCCGAACGUGUGCCUGUGUUGGACAACGACUUGAUCUAUUGUAUGGAGGGUGUCUUUAGCGGGUUUGUGCAGGGGCUGGCACUGGUCGGCGCCGCAGGUCUCAAAGAGACUGAAUUUACCAACUAG